AUGCACAAGCUGACCGACAUCUAUGCCAUCAAGGCUCGGCAUGAGCGUUGGAUGGCCAAGAUCAGGCCUCUCAGUGCCAUCCUGGAACGCUACAAGCGCCGGGCCAUGAGGCGCUAUGUCAAGCAGCGCCGACCUGUCCACAAGCUGAGGCUACAAAUGCUGGGACGUUUGCAUGAAAACAUUGAUGAAUGGGUCACUGCAGCCAUUGCCAAGUGGGGUGUUGAGGACUUUGAGCUUAUGAUUGAUGGCUAUUGCGUAUGCUAUGACCUCAAGCAGCUGGAUCGAUACCAGAACGUUCCUCUGGAGCGGCUUGUGCUAUCCAACUGCCAGCCUCUUUGUGCAUGGAACUGCCUGACAGUACAGAGGCUCACCAAACUCACAUUGGGUGCAGGUUCAUAUAUGGGAAUCAUCAGUAGUAUUCUUAGAAACUGCAUAGAGCUAAGGGAUUUCAAAAUCACAUCUUCUCGUGUUUGCCAAGCUGCUCUACGUUUCUUUGUGCCGACGUCGAAGAUAAAGAGUCUGCAAGUGGAUUGGUGCUGCUUUGGGAAAAUAUAUCUGAUGUCUCUGCCUUGUCUUGAGACUUUCGUUUGCCAUGGUCGCCCAACCAAGUUAUCCUAUGGUGAGGUGCCUCGCCUUAGGCAUGUGAGCUUGGACUACUUACAGACCGAAUAUAACAACAUCGACGAUGAAUCUGGUACUAGUAGGACAUAUCCACCGAGCAAAUUCUUCAAAAGGAUCCCACCGCUAGAUUCCCUUGUUCUGCAGUUCAAAGGACCCCGGAUGUGGAUCGAACCUUUUGUUGUUCCUGGUGGUCAGCUCAAAAAACUGUUCAUCACAAAUGUCCCAGUGAACUGGGACGUACUAUGGAUUCUCCUACUGCUUGGUGCAGCACCAGCCUUGGAAUCGUUCCAUGUUCAUAUUGACAACAACUCGGAGCAGCGAGGCUCAGGUGAUCUUUGUGACAGUCUGGACGCCGAUGCGCAGCAACAUCAGAACCGUCGCCUGAAGGAGCUUGUUGUGGCAGGCUUCAAAGGAUUGGGGUGGCAAACAGGCUUUGUCAGAAUGAUCAUGAAGAGGUCGCCGUCGCUGAGGCACGUGCACCUGCUUGACGGCGAGGUCAGGGACAAUGAGCAGGAGCUGGGGGCGCUGCAGAUCGUCCCACGGCGCCGGGCGUGGCACGAGUGUGAGCGAGCUGUGGUGCUGGAUGACCUCACCGCUGGGUUUCGCUUCCUGCCUCGAAUAAUUCUGGAAUGA